AUGAACAAGGAAGUGAAGAAAAUGGCAAAGACAAGUGGCCAGAACGGCCUGGACAGUCGAGCCCUCAGAGCGAACACUAAACAAGAGGAGGUGGACCAAGUCCAGAAGACAAACAUGGAACCUUUCCACAUAACAUACACCAUCCACGAUGAAGAUAUGUACGGUGAGACCAACCCCGACACCGAGGAAGAUGACUUCCCCGAUGGUUACAUAGAGUGCAUCAUCAGAGGUGAGUUUUCUGAACCUAUUUUAGAAGAGGAUUUACUUUUUAAAGCUUUCGAAAACCUAGAGAAAGCCGAACAAGACCUUUCUCGCCAGGUUCUUGAAGCGAGUUCCCUUCUUGAAAGUUCUUUGGAAUAUGUGACUAAGGGAACAAAACAGGAGAAAAGGGAGGCCAAGCAAGAGCAGCCUCAACAGAUCGUUGGAGCGGACUCAGAACUCGGGUAUCCUCAGCAGCUUGUGGGAUCGACUGAAGAGAAGCCAAAGGGUGAUGAGUCCGGUGGCAUUUUAUCGAUGCUGGAGUGUACUCACACAGGGUGCACGAAGAAGCUGAGGGACAAAACUGCCCUGAGGAAGCACAUGCUUGUUCACGGUCCUCGUCAGCACGUGUGUGCAGAGUGUGGGAAAGCUUUUGCCGAGAGCUCGAAACUGAAGCGACACUUUCUGGUGCAUAAUGGAGAGAAGCCAUUUCAGUGCACCUUCGAAGGGUGUGGGAAGCGCUUCUCGCUGGACUUCAACCUGCGCACCCACAUCCGCAUCCACACUGGCGAUAAGCGCUUUGUGUGCCCCUUUGACGGCUGCUCCAAGGGCUUUAUUCAGUCAAAUAAUCUGAAAACUCACAUCCUCACCCAUACAAAGGCAGGGAAGAAAUGCUGA